AUGGCUCUAGAACAUAAAAAAUAUAUCUUUGAAAAUAAUCCUAAUUUAUUUUUAGAAUAUAAAGAUUUAGAAGAAAUUUUGGAAAAGCAAGAAUAUGAAAACCUUCAAUUGAGGGGUAGUAACUUGAGAUUAAAAGAAAAUGAGAAACAAUUAAGACUGUUUAUAAACUGUAUACAAGAUGAAGAAAUUGAUUUAUGUUUAGAUAGAGUCAACUUUGAAGAGCAAUUAAAUGAUAUUGUCAAGAAAAAUGAAGGGCUAUCUCGUAAAAUUAAAUAUCUAGAAAGCUUAUUAUUAAGAUGUAUAAAAGGUGGUAAGAAGUUGUUUUGUACUAUAGAAGGAGUUAAUAUAACUAGAAAUAAUUGGGAUAUUAGUUUAGAUAAUUUACUUGAGAAUGAAAAACUUGGUUAUUAUGUAGAUAAAUUUUUAAAGAUGCUAUCUUUAUUGGAUAAUGAUAUUACAGUUAUUAUUAAAGAUAAUCGGCGUAUAAAAACAUUGUUGGAUGAGAAUAACAGAUUAAAGGAUCAAAUAGAUUCUUUAAAUAAAGAAUUAGAGGAGGAUUUGGAUAUUAUUAAAGACUUAAGAGAAUUUAAAGAGAAUAGUUUAAGAUAUAGGGAUAAUAAAAAUAAGGAACAAAAAUGUUAUAAUAUUAAGAAAAAAGAUGAAGAUUCUAAAGAUUUAAAUAAAGAUAAACCUGAAGUGAAUUAUAUAGUUGAAGAUUCUUCUGUUUUUUUCAAUAAAGAAGAUUUGAAAGCAUUAAAGGAUGAAAGUAUAUAUGAUGCUAAAGAAUCUGCAUGUGCAUGCAAAUUUACAUGUAAUGAUAAAGAUAAUAAGGAUUUUAAUUUUAUUGAAUUAGAUAAUUUAAGAUAUGCAUUAAACCAAUAUAAAAAAGAAAAUUAUGAGCUUAAGCAACAACUACUUGAGUAUAAAUAUAGUGAAAUUGAGGGAAUAUCUUCAAUGAAAGAAAAACAGACAGACUUAUUAGAUUCAGAUGAAGAAUCAACAUCAUUAAUAGAAAAAUGUUAUGAAGAGAGAAUUGAAGAGUUAAUUAAGGAGAAUGAGGAGUUAAAAAAAAUUAUUGAGAUUGAGCAACAAGAAACAUCAAAUUCUUUAGAUAGAAUACUUAGUGAAAAUAAGAACAAAAUAGAAAGAAUGGAAAAAUACCAAAUUGAAUUAGUUGAAGAUUAUGAAAUGAGGAUAAAUGAACAAUAUAAGGAAAUAAUGAAAUUAAGAGAGGUAUCUCAAGAGAAGGAGCAGUGUUUGGUACAUAUUGAGUGCUUGGAAAAAAAUAUGAAGAGUAUACAAGAUAAAAUAACAAUAUAUAAUAAUGAUAAUUUAAAUUUAAAAGAUAUUUUAGAAGAAAAGAUAAUAUUACUAGAAAAUAAAAUAAAAGAAUUAUCUCAAAAAGAUCAAUUAAUAGAUAAUUUACAAAAUAAUAUAGAUAAUUUAAAGAAGGAAUUACUUCAAAUAUCAGAUCAAUAUAAUAACGAAGUAAUGAAUCGUCAAAGAUAUGAGCAAGAAGUCUAUAUAUUACAAAGAGAAUUAGAUAGUUUACUUAAUGGAAUCCAUAAUAAUCAUCAAAGAAGAGUGGAUACAAAUGAUAUAUCAGAGAAUGAAUCAUUUUCUAUAGAGGUAUUAUUAAAACAAUGUGAAGAAUUAGAAAAAAGAGUAGAAGAAUUACAGAAAACUUUAGAAAAUAGUACUUGUAAUCAUUGUAUGUCAAGUAUGACUGAAUAUUCAAAAUCUGUUUGUAUUAGUGGAAGUAGUAAUAGUAAUGUAGAAGUAAAAGUGUUAGCAGAUCAAUUACAGAAUCUGAAAAGGGAAAGAGAAGCUCUAAAAAAAGAUAUUAGGCAAAGAGAUUGGGCAAAAAUAGAAAUUGAGUUGAUGUAUAAAAAGGCUAUUGAAGAUGCAGAACAACUCAAGAGGGAAAAUGCUCGUUUAAUGCUUGAAAAUUUAAAAUUAAGAGAUUCUAAUUAUAAUGCGGCUAAUGGUUUAUAUAAUGAAAACCAUAAUAGUAAUAGUAAUAGAACAUCUAUAUCAAGUAGAAGAUCUUCUAUUAUUGGGAAAACAGCUGACAAUAAAAGAUCUAGUACUGUUGACGAUGAAAUGUCUUAUAAAGAAGUUAAACAGAAUCAAAUCAUCCAUAAUAUGCAAAAUUCUGCUUUGAAUUUAUCGACAACAAAGUCUAUAAUGCCUCUAAAAGCACCUAAGCGUCCUAGCUUAAUGUUUAGUGUUAGAAAGUAA